UCCGAAAAGCAACGCUCUGAACCUGGCUGUUUUGUCACUGGAGUUCUCGCCUCUAGAACUAUCUGCAUAUCUUGCUACCACGGCUCAGACAGCCCUCCGUCCUCAGCAUAUCCUGUAAAUACAAUCAUAUAACACGACUACAUCGCAAUGGCUCUUCCGAUUACCAUCCCUUCUUCCCCUACCGGAGCCGCCUCUCCCACCUCGACGGAUGGUUCCAAUGGUCCUCGUACCCCUGCCUCUCCUUCGAACCCAACCACUUUGUCUCUUCCCCCGCCUGCUGAAGGCUCUUCUGCCUCUCCUCCUCCAGCAGCGAAUAACGGCCCGGCAAACGGUGCCCCGAACAAGCGCAAGGCAAGCAGGCGCGCCAAUACCGCCGAACGCAGGGCCACCCACAACGCCGUAGAGAGACAGCGCCGAGAGACGUUGAACGGUCGCUUCUUGGAUCUCGCCGCUCUUUUGCCCAACCUUUCGCAGAUUCGUCGUCCCUCAAAGUCGUCCAUUGUCAACUCGUCCAUUGCGCAUAUACACGCUUCCCGUCGUCACCGCAUGCUCGCGGCACGUGAGCUGCGUCUUAUCAAGCUCGAGGCCGAUGCACUCCGCCGCGAGCUCAACGAAUGGCGCGAUCGUUCGGGUCUCCCACGCGUUGAAGAGCCUGUGCGUGGUGAGGCCUUCCAAAUGAUCAUGAGUGGGGAGGUGGAGCUGCUGAGCGCUGUGCCGGUUGAAGAGGAAGAUGGCGACGAAUACGGUGAUGACGAGUUCGUUGGCAACGGACACAGCAACGGUGCUACCCGUGGCAACAUCGCUGACGACAUCGACCAGGAGAUGCGCGGCCCCAUGGCUCACACCGCCGCUGUCCCACUCCUCAAGAACAGCCCAGAUGUCGGAUCCUUCUCUCACGGUACGCCGACGAGCGACCUGCGGUUGCAGACUAUGCUGUCACGCUCCGGCGCGCCUGGCAACGGCACGCCCAUGAUCGUCUCGAGUCCAACCGGAGUGUCGUUCGAAAACCCUGCGAUGGUGUCCAUGUACGAGCCGCAUCACGGACCGCUGGGCGCGGGCCAGUUCGCAGGUCAGUUCUUUGGCAAUCACGGCAUCGGCAACGCGGGCGAAGAUAAGAUCAACUGGCACUAUGCGUCGCUCUCCGGGCCGGGCCAGCAGCCCGCAGCAUGGGUCGUGCGUACGGCGGCGCAGCGGACGGGGACGACGCGUCCUCUCAAGGCUCCGCGCCGAGCAUGCGGCGGGAGCGCAGCGGGAGCAUGGGCAGCACACAGAGUGGAUUCGGCUCGCCGGGUGCGGGCAGCUACGAUAUGUUAUUAGCUUACACCCCCCUACUUGUUCUGUUUCUCAUCCGGUCUGCGUGUUGUUGCUUGCUUGUGUCCCCGCUCCGUCAUGAUACCUCCCAAGUGUACCAUCAUUACCGUCGCUGAGCGCUGACUGCCGGCCCGUCCAGUCGUUCGUGUAUUGCACACUCGUUAUCGCUAGCUGGUGAGCUGCGUGCUGCGCUCGGAUCGUUGCGACUCGGUCCACACGCCGUCGUCGGUCGUCGCUGGAUUGGUUCUGGUGUUGACUUUGUCACUCAGUUGUUAAUUCACGCGCCCUCAUCCGGCUAG